AAAAAAGCGCACGUCAAAGUUGAGAAACGGUAUAUGUGGUUAGGGCAUAUAUUUAUUUACACACGCACUCCCUACAGCCGCUAGUCGUCACUUUCAUCUCUCUCCGGUUACGCCACCGUCGCCGUCGUCUACCGUCCUAAAGCCUCUUCCGGCGCCUCGCUCUGCCUCCAUUGCUAGUGGCAGAAGUCAUCUAUUAUCACCUCACCGAGUUCUUAGAGAUUUAUCUUGCUGGAAUAUGAUGUAGAAUUGUUUCCGAUAGCCGUUAAUCGAUCAAAAGUUACGGCGUUAGUAUGCUUCAUCGAUUUCGUUGGUUUCCUGCUCAAACUAGGGUUUAAUGGCUGGUUUAAGACGAUCAGUAUUCUUUUUGGGGAUGGCAGAGAACGAAACAGUAGUUGCUCAAGCAUCUGCUCCCGAGUACGGUAAUUUGGCUACUUCUACUGGUGCUACUGCUAUGGAUGCAGAUGAUGUCAAUCCGCAUGGAGGCUCAGGUGCUUCUGGAAAAUCCGAUGUUACUGAUGUGAAUUCUAGUCAUGCGGAUAUUUCCGCAAGUGAUGUAAACACAUCCGUAGAUGCAUCUCAGUUGGCUGCUUACCAUUCUUCUGUGAAUGGGAAUGAUGUCUCUGAUGGAAAACCUAUAAGUGAGAAUGGUGUUGGGUCGUAUGAUGUUCACAAUACUGCAUCUGCGAACCAGCCGGAGGAUGGUUCUGUUGUAGCUGCGUUAUCUCCUGAAGAAGAGCGAUUAUGGAGCAUAGUAAAUGCAAAUUCAUCGGAGUUUAAUGCCUGGACUGCCUUAAUAGACGAAACUGAGAAAACAGCUGAGGAUAAUAUUAUGAAGAUUCGGAAAGUUUAUGAUACCUUUUUAGCCGAAUUUCCGCUGUGUUACGGUUAUUGGAAGAAGUAUGCUGAUCAUGAAGCACGCCUGGGAUAUAUGGACAAAGUUGUGGAAGUUUUUGAACGCGCAGUCCAUGGAGUAACGUAUUCUGUAGACAUGUGGCUGCACUAUUGUGUUUUUGCCAUAAACACAUAUGGGGAUCCUGAUACAGUAAGGAGGCUAUUUGAACGUGCCUUAGCUUAUGUUGGAACUGAUUUUCUAUCUUUCCCCUUAUGGGAUAAAUAUAUCGAAUACGAGUUUCAGCAGCAGCAGUGGUCCAAUCUAGCCAUGAUAUACACACGGAUAUUGGAGCAUCCUAAUCAGCAGUUGGAUCGCUAUUUUAACAGUUUCAGGGAUUUAGUAGCAAGUCGUCCUUUAUCAGAAUUGAGAACUCCUGAAGAAACUGCAGCUGCAGCAAAUACUAAAGCGGAAGUUAAUAAUGAAGAAAACGAAGGGGAACUCAAUCCAAACGCAGUGGAUCAAUCUUCUAAAUCCGUAAAUGCGGGUUUAACAGAAGCUGAGGAAUUGGAGAGUUAUAUCGCGAUUAGAGAAGAGCUGUAUAAGAAGGCUAAAGAAUUCGAAUCGAAGAUAAUCGAUUUCGAAACUGCUAUCAGGAGGCCUUACUUUCAUGUUCGACCACUUAAUGCCGCAGAGCUUGAAAACUGGCAUCACUAUCUUAAUUUUAUCGAAGGAUGUGAUGAUUUCAAUAAGGUUGUGAAGUUAUACGAAAGAUGUUUAAUCGCGUGUGCUAACUACCCCGAGUACUGGAUACGAUACGUUUUGUGUAUGGAAGCAAGCGGGAGCAUGGAUCUUGCCGAAAAUGCCCUUGCUCGUGCCACUCAAGUGUUUGUAAAGAGGCAACCAGAGAUUCAUCUGUUUGCUGCUCGAUUUAAAGAGCAGGGUGGAGAUAUUGCUGGUGCUCGUGCAUCUUACCAGCUUGUGCACGCUGAAAUAUCUCCCGGACUUCUUGAAGCAAUUAUCAAGCAUGCUAACAUGGAACAUCGCCUGGGGAAUCUGGAAGAUGCUUGUUCUUUGUAUGAACAGACAAUAGCUAUUGAAAAGGGGAAAGAACACUCACAGGCUUUGCCAUUUUUGUUUGCACAGUAUUCGCGAUUUUUGUAUAUGGUUUUGGGAAGGGUUGAAAAAGCAAGGGAGGUUCUAGAUCAAGCCUUGGAGUGUACUCAACUUUCAAAACCACUUUUAGAGGCUUUAAUCCAUAUGGAAUCAAUUCUAUCACAACCAAAACAAAUUGAUCGUCUAGACUCACUAGUUGAGAAGUUCAUAGCUCCUGGUCCUGAUGAGUUAAAUCCUGCAAGCUAUGUUGAGAGAGAGGAGUUAUCUAGCAUUUUCUUGGAGUUUCUAGAUCUUUUUGGGGAUACACAGACCAUCAAAAAGGCAGACAACAGGCAUGCCAAGCUAUUUUUACCUCAUAAAAAUGCUUUGGAAUCUAAGAAACGACACAUGGACGGUUAUCUAGUUUCAGACAGAGCAAAGCUUGCUAAAACCGGUGGUGUUUCACCUGCUCCUUCAGCCUACCCUGGCACGCAGAACCAGUGGCCAGCAGGUUAUGGUGUUCAGGCUCAAGCUUGGCCACAAGCUACACAAGCUCAAGGACAACAAUGGCCUGCAACCUAUACCCAACAGGCUGCUUAUGGCACAUACAAUGCUUAUGGAAGCACCUAUGCUCAACCACAAGCCCCAACCACUGUUCCACAAGCUGCCGCUGCAACCGCCGCCUAUGCCACCUAUCCUGCAACCUACCCAGUCCAGGCUGCCCCACAGCAAGUUUAUGCACAACCUGAUGCUGCAGCUGCGGUGGCCGCACCGCCGCCAACAUUGACGCCAGCUCAGCAACCCACGGCAGCUGUUGCUUCUCAGUCCUACUACGGCACCUAUUAUUAAGCCAUCAUACCAAUAAUCUACCGUAAUAUCUAUCAUGUUUUGGUUGCUGUUAUCUUUAUUGUCUGUAAAAUACCUAUUAGUUUGCAGGCAUAAAGAGAGCACGAGUAAUUUGUCCUACAGGCGGUUACUGGUGGUUACUUGCUUUAUGGGAGAUUACGUUUAGCAGAUAAUCUUAUAGGUUAAUGUAGGUCGCAUGCUUUUUUUAUUCGAAUACGUAACUUGCUAAAUUUUCGUGACUUGUACCGGGAUUAUGCAUUGCAUGCUUGAGUUGCUUCCAAACAAUUUUUUUCUCUUUUUUC